AUGAAAUAUUUAUCACUUGUUGAGAAACCAGGCAAUAAACCUGUCCAGAAGCUAAUGUCAUCAGAAACACCAGUAGGAAGUCCAGAGGAGACAAGGGAAAAUACCAUGUUCCCUGAAGUUCCUGAUGUGGAAGGAAAGGUGAAGUCCAGUGGCAGUCCAAUAGAGAGACAGGAGGCAGGCUCAAACAAGGAAGAAUGCCUUGAGCUCAUGUCCAAGAGGCAAAGGAAGAAGCUGUUGAAGCAGAAACAGUGGGAAGAACAGAAAGAUCUACGGAGGCAGAAACGAAAAGAAAAACGCCAGAAGAGAAAACAAGAACGUCAGUCAAAAUUGGACUCCAAUAACGAAGGGAAUGACAGAAAGCGCGUGCGAAGAGAUGUUGUUCCUAGUACACUUCGCCUCAUUGUGGACUGCAGCUUUGAUGACCUGAUGGUGCUAAAGGAUGUUAAGAAGCUUCACAAGCAAAUUCAGAGAUGUUAUGCAGAAAACCGCAAAGCAUUUCAUCCUGUGCAGUUUUACUUGACCAGCCAUGGGGGACAGUUGAAGAGCAACAUGAAUGAAAACGACAAAGGAUGGGUGAACUGGAAGGAUAUUCAAAUUAGAACAGAGCACUAUACUGAGCUAAUAAAGAAAGAAGACCUAGUAUAUCUUACCUCAGACUCCCCAGAUGUUCUCAGUGAGCUUGAUGAGAAGAAAGCCUAUGUGAUUGGAGGACUGGUGGAUCAUAAUCACCACAAGGGAAUUACUUACAAAAAAGCUGUAGAGCAGGGAAUUGGUCAUGCACAGCUCCCACUUGGAAACUUUGUCAAGAUGAACAGUCGGAAAGUGUUAGCUGUCAAUCAUGUGUUUGAGAUCAUCCUUGCAUACCUGGAGAAGAGAGACUGGAAGGAAGCCUUUUUCAGUAUCUUGCCACAGCGGAAAGGGGCUGUUCCUUUGGGAGAAGCCAAUGAUUCAUCCAAACAUGCUCCAUCUGGAAAAGAAGAUGAAGACAAUGACUUGGAGAGCAGCUAGGCUUUAGAAUGACAUGGUGGGAAAUAUGAGACACACAGUUCAUGGGAUAGAACUGGGAUGUGAAGUAGUUACACUCUGAAGACUGUCUGCUGCCCUCGUGAAUUGUCUCAAUGCUCUGUAGUUCCAUAGUUGACCCAGAGCUGUUUCAGGACAUGAAG